AUAUAUUUAGAUAUCUUUGUUAGAAAGAAUACUAUAUUUCCCUUGAGAGUGAUGCUGAAUGUAAACAAUGUCUCAACUUACCCCACUUUCCCCCUCAUAUCACAGUCCUAUACUGCACUGCCUAAAGCCACAGCCACCUGUAUGCACAACAAACCCACAGGUAAGGCCUUGACCACAGGAGUAGCCGUGUGGGACGUGUCUCUAUGAAGAUCAAAGGGGCCAGCACAAGUUUCGACAGUUCUAGUGAGAGGAUGAGAGAAGCUGCUUCCUCGCAGAUGAGUGUGCGUGCUUGGACGCCCGCGUACAACUUGCAAAUCAAACACUUCUAAAGAAACGUAAUUUGUAUCUAGACAACGACAUUCGAUUAUAUUGUUUUUGUUUGUAGUUGUUUUUUCGUCAAUGUUCACAAUGUUAACCGCGAAAUAUAGUAGUGUUAUAGUUUUCUUCACAACUUUUUGGUUUUACGCAACUUUGACACACGGGAGUGGAUUUAGUCAUUCAACUAUUUUGGACCCUCAUGGGAAGUAUAAUCUAAAGUGGAGGUUUGACCGGAGAACUAUUACUUUUGAAAUAGAAGUGGAAACUAGAGGAUAUAUAGGAUUUGGUCUAUCUCCCAACGGUGCCAUGGCGUCGUCGGACAUUGUCAUUGGUGGAGUCACGGAUGGGACACCGUAUCUACAGGAUUACUUUGCAGACGCCAACAGAAAAGUGCACAGAGAUGUGCAGCAGAACUACAGGCUGCAGUAUGGCAGCGAGAACAGUACACACACAGUCCUGGCUUUCAGCAGGCACCUCCUGACCUGUGACACAAGUGACAAGGACAUCACGGAAAGCACAGUGAGGGUAAUAUGGGCCUACCACAGUGAGGAUGUGGGACCGUCAGGACCGAUGUACCAUGGAGUGAACAGGGGGAGGAAGAGUAUGCGGCUACUCGACCCAGGAAGUAAAGCUAAUAUUUCCUCUGAGAUUGACUUUUUCAACUUGCAAAACAUAAACGUGCCAGUGCCAUUCAAGGACACUACCUACUGGUGUCAGAUAUUUAAGAUCCAGGAGGUUCAGAAGAAGCACCAUAUCAUUAGAAUUGAGCCUUUGAUUCAAAGGGGCCAUGAAAACCUGGUUCAUCACAUUUUGUUGUAUCAAUGUAAUAGCACCUUGAAUGAGAGUGAGCUCAAGGCUGGCCAUGAAUGUUACCAUCCAAAUAUGCCUGACUCCUUUCUCACGUGUGAGACGAUAGUCUUCGCCUGGGCCAUUGGUGGUGAGGGGUUCACCUAUCCACCCCAUGUUGGACUGUCCAUUGGCACAUCAAUAGACCCUGUCUAUGUCCUGAUGGAGGUCCACUAUGACAACCCAGCCUUUCAACAAGGAGUGGUGGACAGCUCUGGCCUGCGUCUGUUCUACACCCCAGAGUUGCGUCAGUAUGAUGCAGGAGUGAUAGAGACAGGUGUGUGGGUGAGUCUGUACCACAUGCUGCCUCCCGGCAUGCAGGAGUACAUCUCAGAGGGACACUGUACCCGCGAGUGUUUGCAGGAGUCCCUAGGCCAGGAGAUGCCCAGCGGAGUGAGGGUGUUUGCUGUUCUGAUGCAUGCUCACCUAGCUGGCCGCGCCAUCAGAACCAGACACUUCCGGGGACAGGAGGAGCUGCAGCCCCUGUCACAUGACGAGGAGUUUGACUUCAACUUCCAGGAGUUCCAGCUGCUGAAGGACGAGAGGCUGCUGUUACCUGGUGACAAUUUGAUCACAGAAUGCAAGUAUACCACAAAAGACAGACAAAACAUGACCUGGGGUGGUUUGACCACCAGGGAUGAGAUGUGUCUGUCCUACCUGCUCUACUAUCCCAGAGUGAACCUGGCCAGGUGUGAGAGCCUCCCUGAGAUCAUCGGGCAGCUUAAGUUCAUCGGAGUCAAAGAGAUCCAGGUGCCUGUCACGACCUGGCCUUUCAUGAUCAAGAGCCCAAAGAAGUACAGCAACCUCUCCUUCACGGAGGCCAUGGACAAGUACCGGUGGUCGAAGAACAGAGGGAAGUCCUUCAACGAAAUGGUUCUACAGCUGCCCAUGAAUGUGCGCUGCUCCAAGUGGGGGCAGGACGAGUGGUCGAUUCAAGGGACCAUAGUGUCACCACCAGAGGUGAAGUCUGAAGUCAAGCUUCCCUCCAUGAUGUGCCGUUCUGCCUCAGAGCCACACAGUGGAGUGGUUCUACUCUUUACCAUGUGCCUCACAUACUCUAUAGUCCAGACCUGUUUAAGCCUUUAGUCUAUAGCCAGACCACUGUGUGAAUCACACCACUCACUCUCUCACACCAGCUGUGGAAGAAGUCGUUUGACUGAAGAAGACAAGACAUUCCUAGAAUCUCUCCGCCCUAUCCAUUCAUUAUGUGUUAUUGGGAUGUCUGUUGAAUGCAAAUUCAGUCCUUGAUCAGCAACAAUAGAAGAUGGUUCUAGAAUGACUUCUCUGACUCGAUCGGAGUUAUCGGAGUGUGAAUUAUUAUAAGGAAUCUUCCAUCGGAUGGGCUGAAGUUCACAUGUUGAAAAAUGUUUUGUUGUUGUCUAAAUAUAUACAUGU